AUGAGUGCUCAACAAUUGUCCAUCGAUAACGCCGACCUCGAAAAGCUCAACGACAAGGAUCGCCUCGAGCUCCGCCAGUUCCUCGCCAAUGAGCAGCAGCGCUCUCAGAUCCAAGCCCAAACACAUAGCUUGACCCAAAUGUGCUGGACCAAGUGCGUUCCUGGAAACAUCAAGAACCCCAAGCUCGACAAGUCCGAGGAGACAUGUCUCGCCAACUGUGUCGAGCGAUUUCUUGACGUCAACUACCUUACGAUGAAGCACCUCAACGGCAUGCGCAACUAG